AUGCCGUGGGCGCAGCCGACCCGCGGACCCGCGACCCCCGGCCGGGAAGGGCCGCUGCCCCCGCCUCCCACUUCAGCCCGAAGGAGUCCCGCCGCCCCCUUGCCGGGCGGCCCGCCAACCUUACAGACGUGGGUGCAGGACUCCCGCCGCUCCGGGGACCUUAGGUCAGACCUGGGCGGGACCGGGAAGGACUGGACGGGGCGGAGACCGAGCAGGGGGCGAGCAGGUAGCGCCGGGAAGGAGACACGCCCGCCGGGCCGGCCGGGUCGGGGGAGGGGAGAAGUUUCCCCCGAACUUCCCGACUCGGAGCGGCGGGGGCGGGAGCGGCGGCGCCUCCGGGCGCGCGCGGGCGCCGGGCCUAGCGCUGCGGGGCCGGGGUCGGCCGCCUCGGCCCGCGGGGCCCCCGCCGGCUCCUUACCUGCGCUCCGGCCGCGCUCGCAUGAGUCGCCGCAGCAGCGGGGAAGGGUGGCGGGGAGGGGGCAGCGGGCGGAGACCAGGCCCGCGGGGCCCGCUCCCGUCCUCCACCUCCUCGUCCCGGGCGCCGGACGGCAGCGACGACGGCACAGCCGGCCUCUGGCUCUCCACUUGAGGAGGAGGGAAUUCCCGGGCUCCGCACCCCGCGGCCUCACGCUCCACCUUCUCCCCGCGUGGGGCCCGCCCUCACUCCCGGCCCCGCCCCCCGUGCCGGCCCGGGGGGCGGGGGCUACCUGCGCGCGGUCACCGGCUCACCGGAACUCGCGCCGCGCCCGACCCGGCUCCGGCGAACCCGCCUUCCGGCACCGCUGUCGCCGCCGCCGCCGCGCGCGCCCCCUCGGGGGGCGGGCCGCCCCUCCCGCGGUCGCCGUCUGCGGGGAGACCGAGUCGCUAAUCCCGACCCAACAUGGCGGCGGGGUCCGGGGCGGCUUCCCGAGGCGGCGCAGGCUGAGGGGGCGUGAGGAGGCGGCUUUUCUCCACGCGGAGAGCAGGCCCACAGCGCCCCCUCCUAACUCGCGGACCCCGCGAGAUGGGUGGGCUGCCCGCCCCCUCGCUUUCUCGCGUCCCUUCGCCCCGCUCUGUAGUGCCGAGGGCUUUGUUUUCGUGGGGGAGGACCGGGGAGUUUGGGGGGCUGGCUCUUGGCUUCUCAGUACUAGGUUUCCGCACCCUUUGUCGCGGGUAGUAAAAUCUCAGUCGCGCCGCCUGAGCCAAGGGGGCGUUCCUAACACCCUCAUCACUCGCCUGAUCGCCGUCCAAAAACGCUCGCGUCUGGCCGCCUUCCGACCCGGGGAUCCUGUCCCAGCCCCGGGAGCUUCCUGUUGA